UUUUUCUACAUUCUCAUUCCUCCAUCUUCAACCACCCAUGGAUCCCACCACCAUCCCACCCCAAACCACCACCACCUCCGGUGGCGGCGACAACGACGGUCCAAAGGAUCUCACCACCAUCAUCAAACGCAAACGUACCAAACGCCAAAGACCCACCAAUAUUCUCACUCUUUCUUCCACAUCCUCCACCGCUUUCCACCCUUCACCGUCGUCAUCUUCUGAUUUUCCGGCCGGUAGCACCACCACGGAGGACGAAGAUACCGCAAACUGCCUCAUUCUUCUCUCUAGAGGCCAAAAUAUAUACACCAUGCAAACCAAUAACAUCGGGGAAUCAUCAUCAGGAUACAAGUUUAACAGCAAAAGAUACAUACAAACAACGUCCCACGAGGGUAACGGAAUUUAUGUCUACGAGUGCAAGACAUGUAGCCGUACGUUUUCGUCGUUUCAAGCUCUGGGAGGCCAUCGAGCUAGCCACAAGAAACAUAACGAAUUCGAUAAGCGAAAAUCACCUUAUAUUUCCGACGAAGAUGAAGAACCUUCGCAACCGAGGAAGAACAACUAUCCCUCAUCAUCACUCUCUCUUCAAUUAAACCACACGAACAAAUUUAUAAGUUGCAAGGUUCACGAAUGUUCAAUAUGCGGUGCGGAGUUUAAUUCCGGACAAGCAUUGGGAGGGCACAUGAGGCGACACCGCGGUAAUAUUAAUAUGAAUAUCACCGCGGUGUCUGCUGCCGCAGAUACUGGAACCAAUACCACGUUGUCAUUGGUUCCGUAUACUGUGGUUGCAUCCGUGGUGAUGGAUGAUCAUCGGGAUUAUCAAAAGUCAACGGAUGAUGGUUUAUGCUUGAAUUUGGAUCUUAAUCUGCCAGCACCGCCGGAAAUAUCUGUCGGUGUGUCAGAUCAAGAUCAACAUGGGGAAUCGAGCUUUAAAUUUUCCACCAAUCAGAACAAAAAACAGCCUACCGUUCAUUUGUCUGCAACUCCAACAUUAGUGGAUUGUCACUACUGAAACAAAGGUGCAAAAGGAUUAUAUUUUGUACUCAGAUUAAUUAUUAAUUGGUACACAUUUAAUCUUGUGGAGGUAAGAUGUGAAUUUGUUCAUCAUACCCACAAGUUACUAAUUUUCUUUUCUUUUUUUUAUUGUGGAUCACAUUCUUUUGAUUAUAUGAUCAAUUGUUGAUACUGGAUACAUUUGAACUUCUUUUAUCAA